AUGGCGGAAAAUCAGAAAAAUGUUGAUUUAACGAAGUCAGAAACUUGUAAAAAAGUUAGCGAGCCAGAAGUUGUUAACCCUGUAGACAAUGAUGCAUUUAAAAUUCCUAGUGUUAUUCAAAAGGACACCAAGCCAAACGAACCAGUUGUGGUAGAGAAAAAGGAGAAUAUUCCUGAACUUAAAUAUAAAGCACCGUGGUGGAGUGCUAUUCCCCCAAAAGACGAAAAUUACAACUUAGAAGUAUUAAAAAACGGCUGUAUUGUUUCGACUAUAAACUUAAAUGACAAAGCUUAUCAUGUUUUUGGACGGUUACCAUUAUGUGAUGUUGUCUUAGAGCAUCCAUCUAUAUCAAGAUACCAUGCAUUGGUUCAAUACAGAGGAAACACAGAUGGAGAUCCCUCUUUAAGUGGAUUUUACCUCUACGACCUUGGUAGUACUCAUGGAACAGUUGUUAACAAGAGUAAAAUAAAACAAUGUACUUAUUAUCGACUAAAAGUGGGAUAUGUUAUUAAGUUUGGUGGAAGUUCCAGACUAUUUGUCGUCCAGGGACCCAGAGAUGAUGAUGAAGAGGUAAAUUUACAGCCAUCAAAAAUAGCAGAGAAUAAAGCAAAAGUGGGUCAAAUAUUUACAGAUGAAGAAUAUGACAGUUUGAAAAAAGUUGAUGACAGUGAAAAAAGUGAAGGCAUUGAUUGGGGAUUUGGUGAAGAUGCUGAAGAAGAGCAAAUUGACUCGGAGAAAUUUCAAGAGUUGUAUUCAGGUGUCGAGUUUAAAGAUCCGAAAAAGACACUAAGAGGAUAUUAUGAGAGAGAAGGUCUUGAACUGGACUACCAGGUUGAUGAAACAGGACCAGGUCAUGCACGUGUUUAUCAUUGUAGAGUAAGGUUACCUGUGGAUGGUCCUAAUGGAUCUGCUGUCUUUGCUGAAGCUUCUGUGACAGGUCGAAAAAGAGACGCAGUAAAGGAAUGUGCAAAUGAAGCAUGCAAGAUGCUGGAUGCUUAUGGAUUGUUGAGACAAUCAUCACAUGAAAGCCGGAAGAAAAGGGAGAGAAAUUUAGAAGAGGAUGAUUUCUAUGAAAGUGAUGAAGACAAUUUUCUUGACAGAACUGGAACAAUUGAGCAAAAAAGAUUAAAGAGAAUGCGCAAGGCAGGGAAAGACAAGUCAGAAGUUGAGACCUAUGACUCCUUGUUGUGCAAACUUGAAAAAGUUCAAGAAGAAGUAAAGACAUUGGUUGAAAGAAUACAGAAUGCAGAAGCUUUAGAUGAAGCAAACAAUAGUGAUAGUUUGGAUGAUUUCAUGGACACUAUGUCUCAAAGAAUGGACCGACAGAGUAAAAUCAAGUUGAAGAGAAAGAUAGUAGAAUUAAAGAAGGAUGAAGAGAGACUAAACAAACUUCUUACUCUGACAAAACCAACAGAUCUUUCUUCACUGCAAAGCUCCGCACAACCUUCACCCAUUGUGUCUAAUGUUAGUCCUCCCACAAAAACACCAGGGAAUAAAGUACCAGAUUGUGCAAUGAAAGAAAUCGCAGAGCCUAUUCAGCCUAAGAACUCCGGAAAACACGAGCUCACAUUAAGACAGGAAAAUUCAAGUACUGACAACCAUAGUUUAGAUGCAAACAUUUCCACUGAAAAGACCGUUCUAAAAUCAAAAUCAUCCAGUGGUUUUGCGGUGCCUACGACCACAGUAAGACCUGCUAAAGCAACGACAAAAGUCACCACGCAAAGGAAAGACGGAGAAGAAAAUCAGAAAUCAAAGUCGACGUUGAUUCACUCGGAAUGCGAGGUUAAAAUUGAACAAGACUCUAGUAAAGAUAGAAAAAGAAUUGAUGUACUUAAAAAUACCUCAACGGUGAAUCGUUAUUCUGUGGAAACUGAAGACGCGAGUGAUCCAUACUUCACGAGCUGGACACCACCUGAAGAUCAAGUUGGUGAUGGUAAGACGAAAUUGAAUGAGAAAUAUGGCUACUGAAUCUCUUCAAAAACCCUUCCAGCUGGAAUGUGAAACCGAGCUUCUAAGCCCAAGUCAGAUAUGACACCUGAAGAGCUUGCUCAACGAGAACAAGAGGAGUUUGCCACUGGUCCACUGUCUAUUCU